UUGAAAAGGAGCUGCUAACCGUAGGAUUUGGUUUCAUUGUGCCUUCCAUUUGGAAUUUCUGCUACUGUGGUUGACUUCUGCAGGAACCUUAGGAGGGUGUAUACCGUGACUUGGAGUACUGCUUGCUGGAUAACCACACUACUCUCACCAUGUCGCGUAUCCUAACAUUUGCAACAACAUAUAUUCCCGUGAGCACAGUUAAAGCUCUCCAAGAAGAGAGCAUCAUGCCGGAAUAUGCAUUCAAUCUCUUCACUUUCAUACACACCCCCGAUCAAGAAGAGGUGCAAGUAAAGGGGAUACCCCCUGCCGAAGACAUCGUGACCGGAUUCCAAAGCCAGAGUGAUGCAGAGAUCCGCCAAUAUUUCCACCAAUUCCUUGCAGAAAAGGGCACAAUGGGCAAGAUUACAAGGAUCUGGUUCGCCGUGCUCGACGACCAGUCAGUCGCCCAGUCUACGAUUGUUUUGUAUCACAGCAUGAAGAAGUCGCUCUGGGACGAGAUCUAUGCGGAAGUCCCGGAAACCCCCAUCCCCGGACAACAUGAAAUCUGUGACGAUGGCAAUAUUUGGUGGAAGUGGAGAGUGCCAUUCAGAUACGCCUGGGCAAUUUGGAAUUCGAUUUCUAGUUGUGAUUUUGAGGUCUUGGAGUUGUACUCGCGACCGGAAUACUUGGGUUCUGAUGGGGUUGUUGAUGCGGAAACUUGUGAUAAGAUUGUGAAUGGGGAAUUGAACGAUCCAAAGGGGGUAGUCUAGAAUAACAUGCCAUCUUCUCUCUUUGAUAAUACAAUGCU